AUGGGUCGACAGAGGGAAUUGGUGUCCCGCUGCGGGGAGAUGCUCCACAUCCGUUACCGGCUGCUGCGCCAGGCGCUGGCCGAAUGCCUGGGGACCCUCAUCCUCGUGAUGUUCGGCUGUGCUCUGUGGCCCCAGGUUGUGCUCAGCCGGGGCACCCACGGUGGCUUUCUCACUAUCAACCUGGCCUUUGGCUUUGCUGUCACACUGGCCCAUCCUGGUUCGCAGGGCCAUGGAGCCCACCUCAACCCAGCUGUUACCUUUGCCCAUGUGCCUUCCCUGGCACGGGAACCCUGGAUCAAACUGCCCGUCUAUGCCCUGGCUCAGACACUAGGAGCUUUCCUGGGUGCUGGCAUUGUUUUUGGACUCUAUUUUGAUGCAAUCUCCUUUGCCAACAAUGAGCUUAUCGUCUCGGGUCCCAACGGCACAGCUGGGUAUCUUUGCCAACCUACCCCUCUGGUACACUUGGACAUGGUCAAUGGUUUCUUGGACUCUGUUUCUGCUGCACUGCAGUUCAUUGGCACAGCUUCCCUCAUUGUGUGUGUGUUGGCCAUCGUGGACCCCCUACAACAACCCCUGUGCCCCGAGGCGCUGGAGGCCUUCACUGUGGGCCUGGUGGUCUUGGUCCAUUGGCACCUCCAUGGCUUCAACUCUGGGUUAUGCCGUCAACCUGCCCGAGAUUCGGCCCUCGCCCUCUUAACUGCUAUCGCCGGGCUGGGGUUCGGAGGGUGUUUCACGACUGGCCGUCACUGGUGGUGUCCCAUCGUGUCUCCGCUGCUGGGGCUCCAUCGCCGCGUCUUGGUGUACCAGCUCAUGAUUGGCUGCCACCUGGAGCCGCCUCCCCCCUCGAAUGAGGAAGAGAACGUGAAGCUGGCCCACGUGAAGCACAAAGAAUAG